UACUAGUACCCAAUCCGAUCCAUUCAAUUUCCCAAUAUGUCCCAGAGAAAAGUCGCAAGCUGCCACAAUUGAUGGCUCGAUAAAAAGGAAUCAAUUUUCAAGACUUAUAUUGGCGUUUUGCAUUUGGAAGUGCAUAACUUGAAAAUAUAUAUAGCCUGUAAAGUCUGUAACCUCUCUGUUUUCUGAACACUCAAGGCCAGGAAAACAUGGCGACUACUCCAGUAAGGAGCAACAGCAGACUCUCUCUGGCAAUGGAGAGGACUGGCCAAUGGGUCUUUUCUCAAGAUAUUCCAGCUGAUGUGGUGGUUGAAGUCUGCGAAGCCACGUUUUCUCUUCACAAGUUCAUGUUGGUGGCGAAGAGCAAUUACAUCAGAAAGAUGAUAAUGGACUCGGGAGAAGCAGACUUGACGAGAAUAAGCCUCCCUGACAUUCCGGGAGGUCCGGAAACCUUUGAGAAGGCGGCCAAGUUCUGUUACGGCGUUAACUUCGAGAUCACUGUCCACAACGUAGCUGCUCUCCGCUGUGCAGCUGACUAUCUCCAGAUGACGGAUGCCUACUGCGACAGCAACCUCGCCAGCCGCACCGAGGACUUUCUUUCUCAAGUUGCCUUGUCCAGCCUCUCCGGUGCCGUCGUGGUCCUCAAGUCUUGCGAGAAUUUCCUUCCCAUAGCCGAGGACCUCAUGAUUGUCCAAAGAUGCGUGGACGUUAUCAGUGGCAAAGCGUGUAAAGAGGCCAAUUUCCCGAGCCGGUCGCCUCCGAACUGGUGGACGGAGGAGCUAUCAAUCUUAGACGUUGAACUCUUCGGGAGAGUCAUCACCGCAAUGAAGCAGCGAGGAGCCAAGGCCCUGACACAAGCUAGUGCUUUGAUAACAUACGCAGAUAUGGCUCUUAGAGAACUGGUCCGCGACCAUUCUGGGGACGGUUCCAAGACGGUAGGCCCUGACGACUCGGAUCUCCGAGUCCGCCAACGAAAACUCCUGGAGUCCAUCGUGGCUCUCUUCCCAUCGGAGAAAGCCGCUUUCCCUAUCAACUUCCUCUGCUGCCUUCUUCGGUCGGCCAUUUUCCUCAAAACUUCAAGUGCUUGCAAGACUGGGCUGGAGAAGAGGAUCUCGGAGAUAUUGGAGCACGUGACGGUAGAAGAUCUCCUGGUUCUGUCAUUUACUUACGACGGGGAGAGGCUCUUUGAUCUGGAGAGCGUGAGGAGGAUUGUUUCGGGAUUCAUGGAGAAGGAGAAGAGCAUGGCCGUGUUUAGCGGGGGCGAUUUCAAGGAAGUAUGUUCCGCUGCUAUGCAAAGAGUAGCCAAGACUGUGGAUUCUUAUCUGGCAGAGAUCGCAACCUGCACUGACCUCAGUAUCUCAAAGUUCAACGGCAUCGCAAUGCUAGUCCCCAAAGGUGCUAGAAAAGUCGACGACGACCUGUAUCGCGCUGUUGACAUAUACCUCAAGGCUCAUCAAAAUCUGGACGAGAUAGAGCGAGAGAAAGCUUGCAGUGUGAUGGACCCACUUAAGCUUUCCUACGAAGCACGAGUCCACGCUUCACAGAACAAGCGCUUGCCGGUGCAGAUAGUUCUCCACGCGCUCUACUACGAUCAGCUUAAGCUAAGGAGCGGGACUGAUGACGGAAACCAGCUGACUAAGACUACCACUACGACUACGACUACGAGGAGUCAAUUGCAGACAGACUUGUCACUGGUGAGGGAGAACGAGGCCUUGCGAUCCGAGCUGACCAAGAUGAAACUUUACAUCUCAGACAUGCAGAAAAACCAAGGGUUAGGGAGCUCAGCCAAGAGUAGUACUGCUGCUGCAGGGAGCAGCAGGAAGGGAACCUUCUUCUCCUCCAUGUCCAAGACUUUGGGGAAGCUCAACCCCUUCAGGCAUGGCUCCAAGGACACCUCUCAUUUGGAGGACGUGGAUAUUGUUAACAAACCUAGGAGGAGAAGGUUCUCCGUCUCUUAGCUAGGCUACUGUUUGCUGUUUCUCUUUUACCUCUAUACAUGGUUUAGUAUUUUAUAUUUUUAUUGUGAUCUGGGAAUUAUCAAUAUUCUGGUUUCUGUUUUUCUUGGAGAUUUGUCAUUGUUUGUAUUUUCUGCGCUGUAUUAUGUACCAUGUGUGAUUUUGUUAUUAUAAAUAACAUUUUUAUCGGUAGUUUUGUAUUAUAAAAUAUAAUACAAGAACAUCGAUCAAUUGUAUAA